AUGGAGAACCGAGUCACCGUGUACACGCAGUAUGGAUACGCACAGGUAGACUUAGAAAAGUAUAAGGAUGACCUUAACGGUUAGAAUUCAGCCUCUACCUCCCCUGAUAAGAAUUCAAAAGAAGAACAAGAUAAUUAAAAAGAUAAUGCAGGAAAUCAAGAUGGGUAAAUUAGUCAGAUUUAGUAAAAAUCUUUUAAUGAGAAGAUCCUUGAAGUGCAAUUCAAAUGGGGCAAGGGAUUCAUUUAAAAACGAGAAAUUCGUACAAAGAUAAAAGUGAAUGUGAAAACCUUCCAUGGAAAACGACAGAAUUAUGAAUUUACAGUUUUGAUUGCUGAUAAACUCGAUAAACUGAGGGAACUACUCACUCAGAGAGAACCUGAAGAGAUGUCUAGUUACCACGUGAUCAAGAUAGUAUAUCCAAUGGGCACCAUGAGACAUCUCAAUUUAGAUCAGACCUUUGAAUAGUAAGAAAUUCCAGGAGGAGCUUAGUUAGUUUUACUGGGAUAGAAAUCUUUUACUUGGGAUCUUAAUUAUAAAGGUUCUAACAUUCAAUUGCUCAAUAAUUGCCUAACUGCGAAUAAGAAAUAUGAGAUUGACUAUGAAACAGUACUGGCGUCAGUAGGGUUUAAUAAUGGCAGACAUUAUUGGGAAAUCAAAUUGGAUACAUUCGUAGAAAUGGAAGAUAUAUUCGUGGGCAUCGCUCGUAGAAAUAUAGAUUUAUACACAAGAGCUUGGGAUACAGGAUCUUUUUGGGGUUGGAUUUGUGCUGGGGGUCGAAAGUUUUGUCCUUCCUCUCCAGGACCAAUGGUGCAGGAAUAUGGAGGAUUCUCAAAAAUUAAUGAUGUAGUUGGAGUGCUAUUAGACUUUAAAGAUGGAGUAGGGUCUCUAUCUUUUUACAAUAAUGGGCAACAUUUGGGAACAGCUUUUGACAAUAUUCCUCCAGGAAUAUACUACCCUGCAGUAUGCAUGUAUUAUGGAGAAGUAUAGGUUACUCUAAAUCCAACAGCAAAACUUCCCUAACCAAAAACUAGUGAAUAAUGA